GCCGUCUCGGAGCAGACCAGGUCUACCGAUUCAAACGAUAUGUUCUAUAUACUGCUAGCCACUCUGUCCGUGGCGGCUGGCCACACCUUCGACACCUUCAAUACCGUUUACUCGUGGAAGCAGGUCGAAUACGAACUCCCAAAUGACACCAUCCGAAACAAGCUCAUAGCUUCCGGCGAUUACGUUCCGCAGAAUAAUAUACCGCUGGGUCUGGCUAUUUGGCGCGACAAAAUGUUCGUCACCGUGACGCGGUGGAAGAAAGGCGUUUUGGCCAACGUAAACAGCUUCUCGAUGCACGACAAAUCGUCUAGUCCAAUCUUGAAACCGUACCCCGACUUUGAGACAAACAACAUCCACUCGCCCGAUGGCAUCGUAAACAUCUUCCGUCUCAGAAUCGAUUCCUGCGAUCGCAUGUGGGGCCUCGAUACGGGAGUGGACGAUAUUAUGGGCGAGGGAACAGUCGUACGGCCGAUGAGACUAAUCGUAUUCGAUUUGAAAACAAACAAGAUUAUCCGCAAAUACACUCUGAAGGAUACGGACAAGAAGCCGGACACGUUCAUUGCCGACCUCGCGGUUGACGUGUUACCUGGACAGUGCGGCAAAGCAUACGCGUACAUGAGCGAUUUCGCAGCGUACGGGAUAGUGGUGUAUAGCUGGGAGAAGAAUGACUCUUGGCGGAUUAAUCACAAUUAUUUCCACUUCAAUCCGGUGGACACUGACUACAACGUCAAUGGUUACAACUUCCAAUGGACCGACGGUGUCUUCGGGAUGUCGCUGUCGCCGAAGAUUCGUGCUGACGGUUACAGAACGCUCUACUUCCACUCGAUGUCCGGCAGCACAGAGUUCUCGGUGUCCACGGACGUUCUGCAGGAUCAAACGCUGAACAAAUCGAGCAAGUUCCACAAUUUCCACAUCGUCGGCAACAAAGGGCCGCUCACUCAGGGGCCGUCCUCCAUCAUCGAUCCGGAAACGUGUAUUGACUAUUUCACUCAGGUGAACAGAAACGGCAUCGCAUGUUGGGAUACCAAAAUCGAAUUAACUCCGGAAACAUUCAAAUUGGUAGCGCAGGACAACAAGACGUUGGUGUUCCCUCAAGAUCUAACUAUCGAUAAUAAAUCUCGGAAGAUAUACGUUCUCUCGAAUAACAUACCGCGAUUCCUGCAAUCUACCUUCAAUCCGUCCGAGACGAAUUACUACAUUACCAUGGCCGAUCUCAACAAAUUAGCGAUCUUGUGCAAACAGAACCCAAUGGGACCAAGGUGGCCAAUGAAGAUAACGAAGUCAUUGAAAUCGGAUGAGAAAGAUGACUAUAUGAUAUUUCCCGACUAUUAGUAGUACGAUGCGAAACAACCCUGUAAGGGCGUGAUAUUCCGAGAAUAUUAUAUGAAUAUUAUUCAAUAUUAAAAUAAUAUUCGCAUAAUUUUCUAAGAAUAUGCCGGGAAUAUUAUUACGCGCUUAUAGAGAACGCAGCGAGCGAGGCAUAGACUGUAUACAACCCAUGAUUGCAUUAAUUCAAGCAUAUCAACGUUAUCUCUUUAUU